AUACCCAGGAUAGCGGCCAGCUCAGACCGCAACGCUUGGCCACUAAGCGUUGAUAAAGGGGAGAAACGGGCUUGUCCACCAUGCAGGGAAAAUUUCCGGCCGUCUUCUUGAGCGUCUUGUGCUCUGCCUUUGCAGCCAGAGCUGCUGCAUUUCUGCAGGGAUCAGGGUUCGGUAGUCUCGGGUUAGGUGGAGGCUACGGUGGCCUAGGCGGCUACAGUACACUCGGAGGUUUCAGCGGUCUUGGAGGCUUUAGCGGUCUUGGAGGCUACAGCGGUCUCGGAGGCUACAGCGGUCUUCGAGGCUAUGGUGGUCUCGGAGGCUACAGUGGUCUCGGAGGCUACAGUGGUCUAGGAGGCUUGUAUUCACUUGGAGGUCUUUCGGGUCUUGGAGGCCUUUCGGGUCUCUAUGGUGGAGGCUAUCAGGGCCUCUCUGGCCUCUAUGGAAGCUCCCUUGGUUUGUCGGGCCUCAGCGGAGGCGUCCAAAGACUCGGGGGCCUGUAUGGACUUGGUGGUUACAGUGGCUUGGGAGGACUUUCCAGCUGGAAUGUUGGGUACCCGGGGUAUCAGUCGAGUCUUGGUAGUCUAGGUUUAUCAGGCUCGCUCGGGGUAUAUCCUGGUCUUAGUGGACUGUAUGGAGGAUACUCGCGUCUCGGAGGACUUUCUGGGCUGGCUGGAGGCUACUCCGGAUUGCUCAACGGCGGGUACAUGGGUGGUUCUACAGGGCUUCUCGGACUCUCUAGCCCAUCUGUAUACUCGUAUGGCAGCUCACUCGGCUCACUUGGAGGUCUUUCCGGAGGACUUAGGGGGGUACGAGUGGUAGGAAGCUAUCCUGGAGUGUCUGGAGUGUACGGAAACUCUUUGGGUCUGUCAGGCCUCUACGGAGGUUACUCAGGCCUUGGAGGUCUGUCCGGCCUUUCAGGAGGCUACUCUGGAUUGACAGGGCUUUCGACUUCUUACGGUGGAUACCCAGGACUCUUGAGUGGAAUUGGUGGUUUCGGAGGACCAGUAGGACUGCUCGGUCAAGGAUUGGGACUCUCAGGUUCACUCACGGGUUAUUCCGGCCUCAGUGGGCUGUCAGGAUUGUACGGAGGUUCCUCGCGUCUUGGAGGGCUUUCUGGAUUGUCUGGAGCUUACUCGGGGCUUCUCGGACUCUCUAGCCCAUCUGUGUACUCAUACGGUAGCUCACUUGGCUCCUUCGGCUACCCAAGCUCCUCGGGAAGUCUUUUCGGAGGACUUAGAGGAGCACGCCUUGUAGGAGUCUAUCCUGGAGGGUUUGGAGGAUACGGGAGCUCUCUUGGUCUGUCAGGCCUCUACGGGGGUUACUCAGGCCUUGGAGGUAUGUCCGGCCUUUUGGGAGGCUACUCUGGCUUGACAGGUCUCUCGAGCCUAUCAGGACUUGGAGGAUACUCUGGUUACUCCGGACUUUCUGGUCUUUCUGGUCUUUCCGGCCUGUACGGGGGCUACCCGCGCUCCUUCGGCCUCUCUGGGCUGUAUGGUAGUGGGCUUGGUAGCUCAUCCGGAUAUGGUUCACUUGGAGGUCUUGGAUCUUACGGCAGUUCCUUCGGAUACCCUGGCCUAUACGGUAACGGAUGGAGUAGUUCCGGUUCAUUCGGAUACGGUGGACAGGGAUCUCUGCUGGGAGUUACUGGACCAUCCACAAGCCUUUUCACCUCAAAUGGCAUGCCUUCUCUCUCCGGCUCUCUUGGAGUCGGCUCUAGCGCGGUGCAAAGCUUAGUGGCCUAAGAAGCAACACAUUUGCAAGAUUCGAAAUGAAGACUUCCCUAAAAAACUAACUAAGCCCUCCGGAAGUGUACAAACGCCUGGGAAACUUCAACAAGGCAUCAAAUCCUGCUAACUUCCGGAAUAAACUCCUUGUGAUGUCA